AUGACCCCGCCCCACCCCCGGCCACGCCCCCCGGAUUGCCUCUACGGCUGCUACGUGCACUCCUCCAUCGUGCCCACCUUCCACCGCCGCUGCUACUGGCUGCUGCAGAACCCCGACAUCGUGCUGGUGCACUACCUGAACGUGCCGGCCAUGGAGGAGUGCGGCCGGGCCUGCGCCCCCCGGCUCUGCAGCCCCCCGCUCUGCAGCCCCCCGCUCUGCUCCGGGGCCCCCCCGCUCUGCGCCGCCUCCGCCGACCCCCGGGAGUGGCUCAAGUGGUCCCAGGAGGAGCUGGUGGCACAGCUGCGCCCCAUGUUCCACGGGGUGAAGUGGGGCUGCGGGAACGGGGGCGCUGCCCCCGCGCUGUCCCUGGAGCAGCUGGUGCAGCACGUCCUGGAGAGGCACCAGGCCCGGCCGCCGCCCCGCACCCACGCCUGCCUCUGCGCCGGGGGGCUGGGCGCUCCCGGCCACAAGUGCAGCAGCACCAAGCACCGCAUCAUCUCCCCCAAAGUGGAGCGGGGGGGCUCGGGGACCACGCCGGGGGACCCCCCCAAAGCCGCCCCCUCCUCCCCUGACACCACCCAGCCUUCCCCGGGCCUGGGGGCGGGGGGCACGGCGCCCCCCGAAGGGCCCCGAGCCCCCCCCUCCGCCUUCCCCCCGGGGGGCGGUGGGGGGCUGCCCCUCGUGGUGGUGGCCAGCUUGGGUGGGGGGGCGGCGCCGGGGGGCGCAGCCCACGAGGCCGGCGUGGCCGCCCUGCGCGUGGCCUGUCCCCCCCGGCUGCUCUCGGCCGCCGCCCCCUUCGAGUACCGGGCGCGGGGGGCGGCGCGGGGCCCCCCCGGGGCACAGCUGGACUGGCUGGCGCUGGACGAGGCUCAGUUCCGUCUGUCCAUCCUGGAGCGCUUGGAGCAGCUGGAGACGCGUCUGGGGGCCCUGCCCCCCCCCCCCCCCCCACGGGGGGGGCCCUCCGAGACCCCCCCCGAGCAGGGGCCGGGCUCGUCCUUCGAGGCGCGGGUGGUGGCCAUCUGCGAGGCCAUGAUGGCCCGGCCGGGCUGCUCGGGGACGGCGCUGGGCACCUCGGGGACCUCGAUGCUGGCGCACGGGGUGACCUUCCGUGGCAUGACGCUGCUGCACCUGGCGGCCGCCCAGGGCUACGCCAGCCUGGUGGAGGCUCUUCGGCGCUGGCGGGCGCUGGCAGUUGAGAGCCUGGAGCUGGAGCAGGAGAUCGACCCCCUCAACGUGGACCAUUUCUCCUGCACCCCCCUGAUGUGGGCGUGUGCCCUGGGGCACCGGGAGGCGGCGGAGCGGCUGUGCCGCUGGGACCGGCGGGCGCUGGCCGUCCCCGACACCCUGGGGCGGCUGCCGCUGGCCCUGGCCCGCGCCCGCGGCCACCUGGCCCUGGUCACCCGCCUCGAGGAGCUGCAGAUGUCACCCGUGUCCCCGCGCUGUCACCUGCCCGGCCUGCGCAUCCCCUCCCCGCUGUCCGCCAGCCCCGACACAGGUAUGGCGCUGGCACCUGCCUGUCCUCUGUCACUCUGUCCUGUUGUCACCGUGUCCCGCCCCCCUGGUGUGGUCACUGUCCCCUCGCUGCUCCUGACCCCGUUUUCCCCCUGUCCCCUUUUGUGUGCCCCCAGGGCAUCGUUGUCCCCUCCAGCCUUUCCCCCGUGUCCUCCCCAUGUCCCCUGUAAAGCUGGGGGACAGCCGGGGCUGGGGACACGCCUGGAGCAGGAGAGCCCCGACGUCCCUUGUCCCCAGGCCGAGGUGGUGACGCUGGCGCGACAGAUCAUCGAGGCCACCCCUGAGCGCAUCAAGCAGGAGGCACCGGGGGGGCCCCCGGGGGCGCUGGGAGCACUGGGAGCAGCAGGAGGGACCCCGGGCACCACGGGGACCCCGGGGCCAGCGGGGCCAGCGGGGCUGGGUGCUGCCAUGGCCUGGCUGGCCACCUACCUGGAGAGCGUUGACCGUCCCCCCGCGCCCGCCCACAGGGCCAUCUGCGAGGCCAUGAUGGCCCGGCCGGGCUGCUCGGGGACGGCGCUGGGCACCUCGGGGACCUCGAUGCUGGCGCACGGGGUGACCUUCCGUGGCAUGACGCUGCUGCACCUGGCGGCCGCCCAGGGCUACGCCAGCCUGGUGGAGGCUCUUCGGCGCUGGCGGGCGCUGGCAGUUGAGAGCCUGGAGCUGGAGCAGGAGAUCGACCCCCUCAACGUGGACCAUUUCUCCUGCACCCCCCUGAUGUGGGCGUGUGCCCUGGGGCACCGGGAGGCGGCGGAGCGGCUGUGCCGCUGGGACCGGCGGGCGCUGGCCGUCCCCGACACCCUGGGGCGGCUGCCGCUGGCCCUGGCCCGCGCCCGCGGCCACCUGGCCCUGGUCACCCGCCUCGAGGAGCUGCAGAUGUCACCCGUGUCCCCGCGCUGUCACCUGCCCGGCCUGCGCAUCCCCUCCCCGCUGUCCGCCAGCCCCGACACAGGGCUGAGCACAGCCAGCAGCCUCUCGUCCCCAUCGGGGCUCUCCGAGGGUCCCGGCUCCGUCCCGCUGCCCCCCGGCCCCCCUGGCCCCUCCGAGGAUGAGAGCUGGGGGGUGGCAGUGCCCCCCAGCCCCCCCGAGGACGCCCUGGCCCUGCCCUCCGACACGCUGCAGGCCGAGGUGGUGACGCUGGCGCGACAGAUCAUCGAGGCCACCCCUGAGCGCAUCAAGCAGGAGGCACCGGGGGGGCCCCCGGGGGCGCUGGGAGCACUGGGAGCAGCAGGAGGGACCCCGGGCACCACGGGGACCCCGGGGCCAGCGGGGCCAGCGGGGCUGGGUGCUGCCAUGGCCUGGCUGGCCACCUACCUGGAGAGCGUUGACCGUCCCCCCGCGCCCGCCCACAGGGCCGAGGUGGCCUCGCGGGGGUCCCCGGGGGUCCCCGAGCGGCCUCCCCCCCCUUCGGCCGCGGGCUGGGCCGAGUUCCUGAACGCGUCCGGGGGGGCGCGGGGCGAGGGGGGGGCCGUGGCGCUGCUGACCCUCAGCGACCAGGAGCAGCACGAGCUCUACGAGGCCGCGCGGCUGGUGCAGGGGGCUUUCCGCAAGUACCGGGGCCGGAGGCUGAAGGAGCAGCAGGAGCUGGCGGCCGCCGUCAUCCAGCGCUGCUACCGCAAGUACAAGCAGGUACUGAGGGGUGGGGGGCCCGCCCUGUUCCAGCGGAUGACGCAGGCCGCCAUCCUGAUCCAGAGCAAGUUCCGCAGCUACGCGGAGCAGAAGCGCUUCCAGCGGCGCCGGCGCGCGGCCGUGCUGAUCCAGCAGCGCUUCCGCAGCCUCCGCCAGCACCGGUGGGGCCCGGGGGGCUCCGGGGCCGGGGGCACGGCCCGCAGGGGUCCUCACCGUGCCCUCGUCCCCCCCAGGAGCACCUUCCUCACCCUCAAGCAGGACCAGGCGGCCAGGAAGAUCAUGAGGUUCCUGCGGCGCUGCCGCCACCGGAUGGAGGAGCUGAAGCAGAACAAGGAGGUGGAGAGUUUACAGACGCGGGGCCUGGCCUCGUGAGCCCCCCGCGGGGGACCCCGGCGCGGGGGGAGCUCUGUCCCUGUCCCUGUCCCCCCCCCGGUGUGUCCGGGUGUCCCCCGAGGGCCGGUGCGGAGGGGGGGAGAGCCGCCCCGCGCCCCCUCCCCGCUCGCCCCCGUGCCUCCCCCGCA